UAACCAUCAAGUACUAGUCUGUAGUUUUGGUGCACACGUGUGUUUUAAAAAUGGCCGCUUCGUUGAAACAUAUCCUGACUUAUUCCCCUUCGUCCCAACUUCAGGAUUUGCUAAACACUCUUCUAUCAACCGUAGAAGAAAACCGAGAUGUUGAGUUCUACACAACAUUGAAAUCGGUGCUUGAAAUCCAACGGAAAAAGGGCGAUUUGUGCGAUGAAGUCGUGAGUCGUGUAAACAACGAACUUUGUCUUCCCGUCAUUCACAGCCGAGUUGCGAACUCUCUCAACUAUCGACAAAAACUGCACUUAGUUUACGAGAUAACUGCGUUAUGCUGCGCUUUUAACCCGAAGAAUUUACUUCAGAAAGUUGUAGAUCUGUGCGUGGAAUCACUUGAAAUGUACAACGGGGAUGUUCAUUCUGGUGACGGGCUCCCUGUGGAAGUGACCUUGGACCUCGUGAAUUAUCUGUUAAAGCAGGAAUCUGGACAUGACGGUGUCACCAUGUUAGGGCCAACAUUUGAGGAAUGCUUGUUUGAGAGUCUCCUUUCCACAUUGCGGCAUUCAAGUGACAUGCUUUGUGCAAAGAUUACUGGGACAAUUCUACAAGACCUUCUCUCAUGUAGCACCAAACUUGGUCAAAAAAGAAUUAAGGCCAUAUGGGCACUUGUCAAAGGCAAGUCAGACCUACAGUCAACCACAUACAAUGAUAUGACUCCUUGGUACAACUCCUACACAAUCAUCUGUGGACUGGCGAAUUUCUUCUUUAACUCAUCCAGCCAGACAACAUCACUGGUAUCUGAGCCAGAAUUCUGGAGGCUUAUCCAGCAUGGAGUGCGAUCCAAGGAACCUCUCUCACAUAAAAGGUCCAUGUAUCUUCUAAAACUGGCUCUGGAUCAUGUUGAUAAGAAUGAGAUGGUACUCACGGUGAGGGAUUCGGAGGGAGAAGUGUUGUUCUAUUGGAGCCCCAAGGACAGGGAUAGAUUGCUGUCCUUGUGGCAGGAGUUUGUUCUACUCAUGGAAACAAUAGAAGAAAGCCAGGCACAUGUGGUUAGACCUGUGCUUCCCAGGGUGUCUAAAAUUAUAGCAGCCACUCAGAAAAAUACAGGUUCUCAGGCACUUGCGGUCUCCUGGCUUGUGACUAUUUUCAUCCAGGCAUCACAGCAUGACAAUAAAUUCAUCCGCAAGUGGGCAGUCCUUGAAGUCUUAACCAUUGACCUGUCUGUGUGCCCUCUGUUAGACAAGAUUAAUUGGCCAUUUAUCAUGGGAAAGCUUCAGUCUAUGUUGAAUGAGUAUCUUUUGUAUGGAACAGAGGAAAACUGUCAAAAAGGAGAGGGUCCCAUCAUUGGAAAGGCUCUUAAAGCUUUUUACCAGCAAUGUGUAAACCAAUUACCAGAUGUAAAGUGUCCUGAGUUUCUUUGCAGACUUAUAAAAGCGAUUGACAGCCAGCAGUUCAUUGCUGUACCGAUGGUAUUUGUGUCUGAAGCUUUAGCAAAUAUCUCCCCUUUCCCUGCUUGGAAUAAAGAAGCUUUACAGACAGUUCAAAAUGUGCUUUCAAAUCUCAGGGCUCACGCUUUUCACUUAAGGGUUGCAAUAGAAGGAUUUCUCCUGAAGGCAGUGACAAGGCUUUAUGACCAGAACCAGGUGGAGUGGAAAGACGUUCACAGCCUCCUCUCCUGUACACGGCUGGAGGAAUUUCUUGGACGGGGAAGUUAUCUGUGGUUAGAACUAGGCAAGUGGCUUUGGAACAGUUCACCAAGAAAGGAAUCCUGCAUCAAAUUCACUUCCAUUCAUAGGUCUCAAAGCCAAUCUUGUCUCAGCAUUAGUGAGUAUGCUGUUUCAACUGUUAAGAGCCUACUCGAAUCUCCUCUAGGUGAUGUCUCUAGGGAUGAUGGUCUCAUGCAUAUGGUAGUUGCAGCAUCUGAUGCUUGCCAUGCAGAGUCAACCAACAUGUCAGUGAUAGCAUCGCCAUUACAGGAGGUUCUGGGUUUGCUUAUGAAAGCAAUUUCUCAGACAAACACUCACGUCUAUGCACCAGAGGCUAAAGGUUACCACGCGGUUGAGCUACUGAGCCAUAUACUUCGCAUUUUAAACGAAACGGAGAAUGCAGAAAACGGUACGGCUGCUAAUGAGCCCCUGUUGCCUGAAGCAACAUGUGGUAUAGUCUCGUCUUCCGUGAGGGUUUCACUUCAAGACGUUUUAAAUCUUUCAGCAAGGAAGAUGACAGAGGCCAGCAGUGAUAGUUACUUGGGUGGAAAAGCGUAUUUGCAACUGUGUCAAGAGCUUCAUGGUUUCAUCUCUGAGAAUGCGCAGUUGAGGGGAUGCUGCUGUGAAUUCGACAAAUUCGUGGAGAAUGUUUCGCUGCGAAGUAUUGAAACCAUUCAAAGGCUGCAGAGCCUGGACCACCAUACAAUAGUUGAAUGGAAGACUUUGCAUCAAGCUAUGCUCAUCAUCUCAUGGGCUUGCGAAAUAUCAAAUUCCCCCACCGUCCCAACUACGCUCAAGAAGUUACUCAUGGAAGCGAUUCCAUCAUUCAAACUGAACGUGAGUUUCACCAAACCCGAUGUUCAACCUUCUGGCUUGGGUUAUGAGCAUAGCGAGGCAAACAACUUUAUGUGGAGCAACAUGGUUUCCAAGUACAUCGUUGCUCUAUGGUCCACUGUGUCCUACUAUUUGGCAAACGCGUCAAGAACGAUCGCUCCAACUGAAGAGAAACAAAAUAAUGUGACGUUAGCUAGCUCCCUGGCGCGCAUUCUCGAAGCAGCGCGCGAUGGGCUCGACCUUACCUAUGCCUUCGACUACCCUAUUAUACUGAAGUGCUUAGGGCUACUCAUACCCAUGGUAGUCCACAAAGACAUUGACCUCUGUGUCGUUAUUCUAGAUGUCGCCUACAAGACGCUGAAAGAAGCCAAAGAGACCGAGUUCUAUUGGGAAAACCUUGACGAAGGAGUUCCUAUCCUCUUCAGCGGCCAUCUGAUGAACCUUCCGGAAGAUCAUCCACUGACAACUAAGAUCAAAGGUUACUGGAAAGAUCUUCUCAAACAUGGCAGUAUACGUGUUGGUAUCAUGAGUAAAGUCAUUCACCAGCUCAGCAGUGUUUGGGGAAGUUACGAGCCAAGCACCCGUGUUGCCAGUCUCCGUGUCUUCUCUGACGUUGUAUUAGAUGCAUGCCUGUUUGGCCCUGCGCUACAGAAGUCAAAGCUUAUUGAAGGAGAGGUUGACGCUUAUCUCUGCAGCCUCGGUGAGGAGACGUCUCUGGGUUCCUUCAAGCGCGAGGAGUGGAGAGAUGAUACACAAGUCCGCGUAACGAUGAUCAACACCCUUCUAUCUCUAGACCCAAGUAACCAACAACAGUUCCUCCUCUUAAAAGACUUCACCAAGCUGCUUCUUGCAUUUGAUGUUGAGACAAUCAGUAAAAAACCGAGGUCCUACCAAAGCUCUCCCUAUCAUCGACUCAAGCACAGAGUUUGGCAGUCCGUCCUUGUUCUUAUCUCCAUAAUCCUUAGGGGGGAGGGCUCCGAGCUGGAGUUUGCCAGGGAGUUACUGGAGAUGACUCUGACCUCCAUGCUGAGUGAGAAUCAAACGUCAAUCAAGAAUUACCACGAGUGGACGGUCCUGAUUGUUUUGUCUAGGUACUCAGAGUUGCAUCCAUAUAUGUGGAACGAGAUGAAAUACGACCCUUCGAAAAGGUUGGGACGGAUGGCAUCCCUUAUUACUAUCACGACCCUACUGGCAAUCCAUCAAACGGAUGACCAAACAAGUAACCGCGUGCAAUUCAUGGAGCGUGCGAUAAGUGCGAUAUUCCCGUGGGUGACCCUCAACCAUAGGACAGUGCGUGCCACCGCCCACGUUGCGGUGCAAAGAAUAUGGGAACACUGCAAGGCUGAAGGUCUUGAUAAAGCGCUGACAGAAAACCCCUUCCUCAAGUCUUGUUUAGAGUUUAUGGCUGAUAACAAUGAUAACCCUGUGGAGAAGAAACGCGUCUUAGAGAACUACUUCUUCUUUGAUUUCCACCCCUUCAAGGAUUUCUCAAUCGAGACGAUCUAUCACAUACUGCCACGCCUCUCCGACAUUACAGACGAAGAGUGGGUCGCUCCGACCCUCUUCAAGGAAUCUUCGGUAGGCAUGCGCACAUGGAAACGAGGGCAUUGCCACGGAAUACCGCUGUUCAACCCGAAUCAAGCUCUGGCAAAUCUAGCGAUUGAGAGUUAUCCUAGAGACGCAAGAGUCAGUGAGAUCGUGCGUCGACGCAUUGCUGGAGACGUCGCGCCGGUCCGCACUCAGCCCAGGAAGGUCAUUGUCGCAGAAGACGUGCAAGCUACGCACGAUUUUACUGGUGAUGUACAGAAGAAGAUCAUAGCAUGGAAGCUAGUCCCACCGGAAGAUUUGAUGAUGGCGGAGAUGCAGCAGCAGAGAAUGAUCGCGAUCCGGUCCUCGACAGGGGGGGAGCUGGUCGUGGUUGCUUCUUUGAUUAACAAAGCUCCUAAUCUAGGAGGCUUAUGCAGAACCUGCGAGAUCUUUGGCGCGAAAAGACUGGUGCUAGGCAGCAACGAAGUCAUGAAUGAUCCAUACUUCAAGGGAUUAAGUGUCAGUUCCAGCAAAUGGGUCGACAUCGAGCAAGUGCGGCCAGCGGAGCUCAACAAUUAUUUAGAUGCCAUGCGCCACGAUGGCUACUCCCUGAUUGGCGUAGAACAAACAGCCAAUAGCAAGCGCCUGACAGAUUUCACCUUUCCGCACAAGACUCUCCUGUUGUUGGGCAACGAAAAAGAAGGCAUCCCAGUUGAAUUGAUCCAGCAACUUGACGCAUGCGUAGAGAUACCUCAGGUCGGAGUCAUCCGGUCUCUCAACGUGCACGUGAGUGGAGCACUCCUAAUAUGGGAAUACACGAAACAGUGCAUACUCUCAAAGAGAGAGGCAGCUAUUGAAAUGUAAUUUAGUGUCUAGAGUAGAGACGGAAGCUUCAGAAAACUUCCUGUGCAGCAAAACAUCGCUCACAAUUAAUGUGUUUUUUUUACCAUUCAAAUUUGCAUAUUACUAUAAGAGAGCUACUUUAUUAUUAAUGUCGGAACACGUUUCCCGAUAUGCUAACUGGGAUUACUAGAGACCAACCAGAAAAAACGGUUCUAGUUCUGUCGUUUUAAAGUUUAUGUUGUGCGUGAUUCAAGCAUAAAGCCUCGGUCGGUAGUAAUCCCCAAGCGUAUUCCACUAAAAGCAACAUACAUUUAUAUUGGCAAUUAAUCAAGCUUUAUCAAGUUACCCAAAAAAUGUUCUCGAUCGAUAAAUAAAUUUCGUAUUAUUUUUUAUUUAUUUUAUGUUUUUAAGUUUUUAAAUAUUUUAUAAACACAUGUACUCAUCUUUGACUGGCCUUAGCCCAUUGUAUUUUUUUAUUAAUUGAACUGUAUUGAAAAGUAUUGGGUAACCUGGUUUUUUUUUUUUGAAAAGGUGAGAUUUUGUCAGUUCAAUCAAGUGCAGAAAUGAAUAUUGAAUUAUGGCCCAAUACAUAUUCACCCUACAACUAUCAAAUGUUGCUAAGGUUGAAUAUUUAUGCUCCUCGAUUGUUUCAAAAACCUUUAUCGCGAAGAAACUUUCUUUCAUCCAACCAUUAAAAUAUCCCCUCACUUUAAAAUAAACUUCUUCCGCAAUCAUCAUUAUAAAGUGCUCUCUUACGCAAAGUUUGUUUCGAUAUUGUCGCAUUCGCUCUUGAUUUAUAUAUAUUGCUAGCGGCAGCCACUUUGCGGGGUGGCAUAAUGUGAGCUCUAUUGUACCAUAUAGUUUUUACCGUUUUAAUAGAUUUCAAAGCAAGCGCUUCAGCCGGUGUAUCUAAAUACCGGCAAGUAACAUUCACGUGCGUCGGCGGCAAAAAGAAAUACUCUGAGUUACAAAAACCCGCAAUAUCGAAGAAUUGGUCAGUAUGUAAGAAAAAGGAAAUUUCAAAGGAAAAAGACUGAUAGACGGGAUUUAAAGCAAAAUAAAACAAGCCCCUAGUUUAACAGUUGGCUAGAGGGUACUUAACACCUUGGCUUUAGAAAACACUUUCUUUUCUUAUGAAAGGAAGGAAGGAAGGAUAAAAAGCCUUCGCUUUUUGCAUAUAUACUCGCCCCUACCACACCCCCCCCCCCCCACCCUAGAAAAUCCUAGCUACGGGCCUGUAAGAUCAUGUCUACCUUCUACCCUUUGAUACGAAUUGUUCCUUGAAAACGCUGCUCAACCAUACUUUCACUGUUUGCUACUAUGACUGGUGCAAAACAUCGAGUUCUUUUUGUCAAAAUUGUUUUUGCGCGCUUACAAAAAGCACCAAUCAGGUGUUACCGAGAGGGGAGGGGGUGCCCGACUUCUGUAACCAGAAAGUGACCAAAAAUACUCUCGUGCUGAGCACUCAAUUCUAUAAAUUAUCGAUAACAUGAACUUGUUUCUUCCUUAGCAAACAAACUAUAUUUGCUAGGCUUUAAACUUGGUAUGAAGUGUUUCCGAAGAGAGAUGCAAUAUACCCUCUGGCAGGGACCACCCUCUGUGACACUGCUUACUAACAAUAGUGCAUAGUGCAUUUCACGUAUAACUCUUUAUAUAUUAAAUUGUUUUUUUUUCUCCGUC